GGACGGUAUGCGAGCAUUGCCCACGACCCAAAGAGAACAAUGGCUUGAUUAUGAGGCUAGUCAAAGCGGCCCUCAUGAUCGCUGCUUUAGAGGUAACAUCAAACUCUACGUCCCUCCCCCCAGGCUCGGCGGACCAUCGGCGUGACUGGCUAAGAAACAAUGAACAGCCAGCCCCGCAAUAGGAUUGCGUCGGGCGGGAUUAUCUUCUGCCCAUCAUCAAUGUCGCGUUACGAUAGCAAACCCCAAGCCCACACGAAGGGCCCGAUAGAACACGAGUCAGGCAUUGCGACAAGCGGGGCCCUUGGAUUACUGCGCGGCUCUUUGUCCUCAGCCUUGCUGGAAGUAUCUAUCCCUCAGGUCUGUUUCAGCAGACUGGAAGUCUAUUGCAUGACUGUGUCUGAUUUCUCCACAUCCCGCUAGCGGUGGCCGCCCUAGGAUGCGGCGAGUUGAUGACGUCCGGGACAUUGUUCUCUGCAGCAGAGUUCGCCAAGCAUGAAAGUCAG